GCUCCUUACUCCACAGAACUGACUUUGAAGCAUCAAUGGUUGUUGGUGCAGGUCUUUACGCAAGGAUGAUGCCUGUUGACAAAUGGUGUGUGUCAAUAUCUUUGCCUGAUAGGCACGUCAGUCACUUUAUCGAGAUAUAAGAACUAGUCUUGACUCCCACUACCUUCAGUCAUCUUCGUCUUCACCGACCUUCUACUUCCUUUCUACUUCCUUUCCUCAUAGAGCUUCCUAGUUCAAGCAAUCCACCCAAAAUGUCCCACCGAAUUGAUAGAGAAGCCGAGGACUUUUACGAGAGUCAGAACGACCCCUCCCCAGUCUCCAGUCGUUUCGCAGAUGACACCUACACCGGAGAGCCCCGACAAGCCCUGAAGGACAGAAUUCCCGUCCAAAGGGACGAGGACAUUGAAGAAGAUCCGAUGCAGCCACCUUUCUCCAACACCGACGCCCAGUUGGCCCUGGACGAAGAUGAAGCUAUUCAAGGGUCGAAUAUCCUCUCUGGCGACCCGCUCCGCCAUGCGAAGCCGCAGAGCUCCACUAAGUACAGUGAGGGGCCGGACGAGGAUGAAUUGCCCGAGGAAGUUUUGUAUGCUAGGUAUUGAUUGUAACUACUAUCUAGUGCUGUGGGUGUCGAUGG